AUGUGUCCCAUAGAUUAUCAUGAUGUGAAAUACGUAAGGAAUGUUGCACCAUGGUUCACUGUUGCACUCUUUUGCAUGUUCGUUGUUGGUCUUUGUGAAAACAAUCGCUCUACUUUUUCAGAUAGUAGUUCAGAUGAUGAAGAUCCAAAGGAGGCGGUCCCACCAGCCAAAGAUGGAGUUCGAUCGAUCCUCCCACCAAUCACGGAGCUCAAACAUUGGCAACGGUGGCGUUCACGGUUGUUUCUUGAAAGGGAUAAUGAAGGUCCAAAGGUGGGCAAUGAUGGAGUUCCAUCGAGCCUGCCACCGAUCAACAAGCUCAAACGGUGGCAAUGGUGGUGUUUGGUGUUCUUGAACAUAGGUUCCCUCCUCAUCGGCCAAGGUUCCGCUGUUCUUCUUUUAAGAUUCUAUUACGAUCAAGGUGGACAUAGUAAAUGGAUGGCCACGCUUGCUCAAAACGCCGGAUUCCCCAUCCUUUUCAUACCCUUCAUUCUCUUUCCUUCGAUCAAAGAACCGUCAAGCGAGUCUCCAAAGAUUGUGUGGUUGGUCUCUUUUGGUCUUGGUGCACUCAUUGCGAGUGAUAAUUUGUUGUAUUCCGUAGGAUUAGCGUACUUAUCGCACUCUACUUACUCCCUCAUUUGUGCGACUCAAUUAGCUUUCAGUGCGGUUUUCUCAUUUUUCAUGAAUUCCCAGAGAUUUACUAUCUUGAUCUUCAAUUCCAUCGUUGUUCUUUCGUUAUCGGCUUCUCUGGCUGCCGUGAGCGACAAUUCCACUAAACGUCCUGGCAUCAAUCGAACAAAGUACAGUCUCGGUGUUGUGUCUACACUUGCUGCUUCGGUUUUUUACGCUCUUUUGCUUUCGCUCACACAACUUUCGUUCCAAAAAGUCAUCAAGAAAGAAACUUUUUCCGUGGUUUUUGAGCUGCAGAUCUGUACGUCGAUCAUCGCAUCGUGCCUUUCGAUCGUGGGUCUGUUUGUUAGCGGCGAGUGGCGGAUUAUGAGAGUCGAAAUUUUCAGUUUCCAUGAUGGGAGUUUGGCGUACGUUAUGACAUUGAUAUGGGCGGCUGUGGCUUGGCAGGUGUGUUCGGUUGGCGUCGUGGGCUUGAUCUUUGUGGUAUCGUCGUUGUUUGCGAACGCCAUUAGUACAUUCUCGUUGUCUCUCAUGCCUUUGGCCAUUGCCAUCGCUUAUGAUCGUACAGUGAGCAGUACAAAGACGAUCGCAAUUCUUAUGGGGCUCUGGGGAUUUUGGACUUACGUUUAUCAGUAUAUUCUCGACGGUCCUCAGGUGAAGAACAAACCGCAUCAUGGUAAAAACUCUUCUUCAUUUCCGGUUUAG